CGUUACUACAAUAAGGAAAGAGCUCCAGCUGGUUUGAAGAAUGCAUAUAUAACCAUAUCAGCUACACCCAAACACACAGAACCCAGAUGGUGCCGCCAAUGCAGUACAUCCACACCGAGCACACCGGCACUGAUCUCUGCUCUUAAAGGGAGAGAGGUGAGCUCGUCUUCAACGCAGGUUAGUAGUUUUGUUUUUUUGGGGGGAUUAUUAACCCGUAUUUCAGGGUUUAACAGGAUCGAUCUGGAAAUAUUUCACUUCUAUCGCAUUAGCGUUGCGUUUAUCCAGAGACGCUGUUUGAUUGUUUUGGUCAAAAGGGGCUGAGUCACGUUACUUCCUGGUUGAAGCGCACCGAGGGGCUGGAGUGACUGCGUGGCUAAAAGAGAGAGCGAGAGAAAAAAAAUCGCUGACACGUGGAUUAUCAGCAAUCAGGAAAAGCGAGAAGUACGCGCUCGGCAUCUCAGGUGGCUAAACGAAACUGCCCAAGUGUCUUUUUUUUCUCUCCCGGUCCAGAAGCCAUCCAGAGAUGAGGUUACUGCGAUAUAAGAGCGAGCCACAGACUUUAACGCCUUUUUGUCCUCUCGCAUUGACCAACUAAACUCACCAGGAAGGAAGGAAGCACAGAAAAAACACGCAAGGGUAACUUCUUGUUGAAUGGCAAUUCUACAAAAACAUGGCAAGAACUCCAGUCCAGACCUGGCCGGUGUUAAAGACAGUUCUGCAGAUAAUUUCGAAUCAGCUGGACAUCAGAAAAAGUGGCCUGAAUCGACUCAGAGCUGGUCCAGGCCUGUAGCACGGAUCUGGACGGUGGUGCUGCUGUUGGGGACAUGUCUACUGUACUGCGCCCGGGUGGCCAUGCCCAUCUGUGCCGUCAGCAUGGCCGAGCGCUUCAACUGGUCCAAGAGAGAGUCGGGCAUGGUGCUGGGCAGCUUCUUCUGGGGCUACUGCUUCACUCAGGUCCUCGGUGGCUACAUCAGUGACAGGGUGGGAGGAGAAAAAGUCAUGUUGCUGUCCGCUACAGCAUGGGGAGCCAUGACAGCGUUCACGCCCAUCCUGGCCCACUUCUGCUCGCAGCCCAUCGUCUCUAUGACCGUGUCUCGCUUCCUCAUGGGCCUCCUGCAGGGUGUCCACUACCCUUCUCUGGCUAGCCUGUGUUCCCAGAAAGUGGUGGAGAGUGAGCGCGGUUUCCUCAUGAGCACCGUAGGGAGCGGCUCGUAUCUGGGGACGUUGGUGAUUGGAGGAGUAGGCUCUCUCAUGCUGGAUCUGUACGGAUGGGAGAGUGUGUUCUACAUCUCUGGUCUCCUGUCAGUGCUUUGGGCUUACUGUAUGUGGAAAUACCUGCUGAAGGGAGAAGGUCCAAUCAUUACACUCGAGUCACUGGGCAGCGCUGGAACCCAGUCUAAACUGUCCAGAAGAAACUGGCUGCGUCUCUUCAGACAACCAGCUGUGUGUGCCGUCAUUAUUACACACCUGUGCACUGCUAGCACCUUCUUCACCCUGUUGUCAUGGCUGCCAACUUUUUUCAAGGACACCUUCCCUGAUUCCAAGGGUUGGAUCUUCAAUGUGAUCCCGUGGCUGGUGGCCAUUCCGUCCUCUCUGUUCAGUGGCUGCCUGUCCGAUCACCUCAUCAGUCAGGGGUUUGAUAUUGCUUCAGUGAGAAAGUUAAUGCAGUUCUUUUCUAUGGGUGUGUCCAGUGUGUUCACGCUGUUUCUGUGUGGCACCACUACAUUCCCCAUGGCUGUGGCCUUCGUGUCUGCUACUAUGGGCCUGACCACCUUCAGUCACAGUGGUGUUUCCGUUAAUGUUCAGGAUCUCGCACCAUCCUGUGCUGGUGCUCUGUUUGGUGUGAUGAACACUUGUGGUGCAUUUUCAGGUGUGAUCAUGGUGUAUUUCUCGGGCUAUCUGAUCGAGACUACAGGAUCGUGGGCGUCGGUCUUCGCCCUCAUCACUGUAGUGAACCUGAUGGGUUUAGGAAUGUUCCUGAUGUAUGCCGAGGCACGCAGGGUCGACAUCGAAGCCAUGAAGGGGCGCUAUCACAACAUACACAUCUAAGCAGAGAGAAUACCGUUUUUUAACGGAUGCGUUCUGCUGACCGGGACACUACAGAGUUUGGAAGGACAGUCCGGACUGUAAUUUCAUCCCCACUGCGCCGUCACGACUUCAGCGGGAUCUGGCAGCAUCGGCUCGAUAGGUUGGGAAGCCGGCCACGCCAGUAUUAGCGUGUCUUCUCGAGAGUCUCACAGUUACAAUGCCACAAAGUUACUGAAACUAUGAAGAAUUUUGGCUGUAGUAGUGUAGUCUAUUAUAAAGUCACAUAAAAAAAAAAAAACAAAGACUGAAAACGUGAAUCUAAAGACCACAUGUUUUGCCUUCCGUUUCUUUCAUUCCAUCAUUUUGUUUGACUUAACAAAACUCAGGCAUCAUCAACAUCACCAUAGUGAUCAUUGUUAUCUAUGAAGAGUUUAUUUUUUUUGCUCCAUUGCUCUUGCUUGCCAUUUGCUCUAGUUUUGUUAUUUAAAUUCACUUGAUAAAGACUAAAGGCCAAAGAUAAUCAGUUAUUGAUCAAUUUUCCAAUUCAUAUCAUACUAUGAAUAUUGCGUGAUCUCCAGACCUAACCUUUGCUCAACAUUCCAUGGAGCACAUCUCAUGCUUUCAUAUUUUGUUCAUCGAUCAGAGAACCCAAGCCUUUACAAGCUGCUUCUGCGAGGUAUUUGAUAGCAGAGUUGAGCACUUAAUGAUGAGGGUUGAUGUUUCUAGCAAGGAAGCAGCUCUCUCUAGCCUUACAGCGCUGUGCGGCCUGAGAAACGUCACCGAUGUUCUGUUCUAGCACAGGGAUCCCUGAAAUCUGGCCCAGGAGAUCCACUUUCCUGCAGAGUUUAGCUCUAACCUUAAACACACCCGAGCACACUAAUCAGUGUCUUCAGGAUCAUUAGAAAAAUCACAGGUAGCGGGGUUUGAUUAGGGUUGGAGCUAAACUCUUCAGUGCAUUAACCCUCCAGGGCAAGAUUUGACGGACCCUGUUCUAGCGGGACAGGAAGUGAGGUUGAGGAGAAGUUGCAAAAUGUUCAGAUCUCUCUUUGUUUUUUAAAGGUUGAUAAUUUUUUAAAGUAUUUUUUGAUUCAUCCGGAGUGGUUUAAGAUUCAGUCUAAGUACAGAGCUGAGCGGUGGACGGUGAAGUGUCUCGGUCAAGGGGUCAGCAGCGAGCCAACGUUUGGCUGCUAGCACAGAGCCACCACUUCUCCCAGUCUCCCCAGUACAGACAACACCGAUUUGAAAGAUCCGUAUUGAGAACUGUGAAUGUUACUUCCUUUAGUAAUGACCUUAUUCUGUUUUCUUUUUUCCUUCAACUGUUUAGACCAAAUCUAAUUUCGUUUUUGAAAAGUAUUUAUUGUUAUGGUUUACACAGAAUGUCAAGAAUCGGCGAGCGAUCUGCUACACGCAGUAUUAGCCGCGCCCGAUCAUUUCAAUCUUACGCCAAUGUCAUUUCGAUCCAAUUAUUUAAGCUUGUUUAUUAUAUAGUUUAAUACAUAAUUACAUAAAUAGUCUAGACUACUUUUAAAUAUAAUUUUUUUUUCUUAUUCAAACAAAUCUGAUCAUAGGAAGCUUUCAUAAAGAACGUGAAAUGUCACUCAAGGUAGCUUGUUUGGUUAUUUAUUCAGUUUCUCGAAGCCUGUAGAGAGAUUAUGGUAGCAACGAUUUUUAUACGGUUUUCUAGAAUAUGUGUCUUAUGUGUGUGGGGGGGAAAGCACCUUAUCAACAGCUUUGCUUAGUGUCUUGGUCAGAAAGUCUGACCGGAACGAAUUAAGUAGAGACGAGACAUUUAUGUAAUCAGAAACCUGAUGAAUAAGCUCCUGAAAAGCAUCUAUCCUGCUACACCAUGCCUUAUUUCCACCAGAAAAAAAGAAUUAUUAAAAAAAUAUUUAUUUUUAUUAUACUGUUUAUUGCAGCUGACAAGCUUGUGCACAGUGUCAUAUACAUGUAGUUCAAAUGCAGUCUGUUUUUGUUGUUUAUUUCAUAUGAAUAGUGAAAAUAAUGAUAAGAAGAAUACACAAUAUUGCCAAAAGUUUUGCCGCUAUAACAGCUUCAACUCUUCUGGGAAGGCUUUCCACAAGGUUUAGGAGUGUGUUUAUGGGAAUUUUUGAUUUUGAAUUUUUGUUGUGAUGAUGAGAAGGUCUGGCUCACAGUCUCUGCUCUAAUUCAUCCCGAAGGUGUUCUAUGGGGUUGAGGUCAGGACUCAAGUCAAGUUCCUCCACACCAAACUCACUCAUCCAUGUCUUUAUGGACCUUGCUUUGGUCACUGGUGUGCAGUCAUGUUGGAACAGGAAGGGGCCAUCCCCAAACUGUUCCCACAAAGAGCAUGAAAUUGUCCAAAAUGUCUUGGUAUGAAGCUGAAGCAUUAAGAGUUCCUUUCACUGGAACUAAGGGGCCGAGUUGAACCCCUGAAAAACAACACCUGAACUCAAUGAUCCGGAGGGGUGUCCCAAAACUUUUGGCAAUAUAGUGUAUAUACAUUCAAAUAGUUAACAUUUCAAAAACCUACUUAUGGUGUAUUGAAUUUUUAGCAAAUAAUUAGUGUCCUGUGUCUGCCGCUGUAUUUUAUAACCGGUUUAUAUUAUUAUAUUAAAUGUCCAGCGUAAAAAGUCAGCUGUAACCUUAUAUCAUUCAUCACAGUUCCACUGUUUAAUUCGCGGUCAUAUUCUGUGAAAAGUGAAAGGAGCAUGGUGUGUGACCAGACAUAUCAUCCUGACUCUUUAAAUGCAAGUAGAAAGUUGAGGAUUCUCUUCGAACUGUUCAAAGAAGAAAUGUUGAAAUGCAAUAUUCCCCUGCUUUAGAAAACCUGCUAUUUGUAGACCUUUUGUUAAAAAAAAAUAAAACUAUAUUUUAUCAUGUGUAAGCAU